AAUCUGGCUCUGACGUCUGGUGUCAAACUUACGCCUUCUCGUCUCUUUAAUGGGUCAGAGGAACAGACAUUGGGAUCUGAAAGGGUUAAACGUCUACAGUAAUUAGAGUCGCACUUCGCGUCGGCGUCCUCCAAUACGGAGCUGCGAGAAGCUACGUCCACCCCCACUCUCUCUCUCUCUCUCUCUCUCUCUCUCUCUCUCAAACACACACAUACACACGCGCGCGCCUCCCCACCAGUUCCUCCGAGUGUCUAAUACACUGGAAAAUCAAAGCGCGAGCCUCCCCCGUUCACACACCACCGGUGUUGCGCGUGGAGCACAACAGAGAGGGAGAGAGGUGCUUUCACUCUCCUCUCCUCUCCCGUCCCCUCAGCUUAACUAUCCAGUAAAGUUAUCGAGAUAUAUGUUACAAACUUAGAUCUGAAGAUUUUUUUUGUCAUUUGGGACAGCCUCUGUUUUCCUAUGUACUUUUUGCUGUACAGCUGAAUGGCUUUAUGAGGCGAAAGAUGUCUGGGUGAGGUGGUUUUACGCGCGCCGCUGAAAUGGAUCACAGACUCUCCAGAGGCAGUUGGGUACCGGUCACUGGACUAGUGAUAUGUCUGCUUCUGUGCGGGUGUGUAGUGGACCUGGUUCUUGCGCAAAUUCGGUACUCCAUUCCCGAAGAGCUGGAGCAUGGAGCUUUUGUGGGCAACAUCGCCGAAGACCUGGGCUUGGAUGUGGCCAAGCUGUCAGCCCGUCGAUUUCGUAUAGUCUCCGGCGCAAAGAAACAGUAUUUAGAAGUGAACUUGGAGAAUGGCAUUCUCUUCGUCAACGAAAAGAUAGACAGAGAGGAGCUGUGUGAACGAAGCCCGAACUGCUUUUUACACUUACAAGUGGUCAUUGAAAACCCAUUAGAACUGUACAGAGUGGAAGUGGAGAUUUUAGAUGUCAACGACAACUCCCCCAGUUUCCCCUGGAGUGAGUUUAAUCUUGACAUCACAGAGUCCGCUGCGCCCGGCUCCUGUUUCCCGUUAGAGAGCGCACAGGACCAGGACGUGGGCACCAACUCUCUGCGCUCCUACCAACUAAGCGCAAACGAGCACUUCAUACUGAAUAUCCAGACGCGCAAUGAUGGAAGCAAGUUUGCUGAGCUGGUGCUGGACACCCCUCUGGAUCGGGAACAGCAGAAAAAGCACGAAAUGGUUCUAACUGCUAUUGAUGGGGGGUCACCGGAACGCUCUGGGACGGCAGUGAUAACUAUUACAGUUUUAGACGCAAACGAUAACGUGCCCGUAUUCGACCGCUCAGUUUACCGGGCGAGCCUGGUGGAGAACGCACAGAGGGGGACGCUGGUGCUGAAGCUGAACGCCACGGACCUGGAUGAGGGCUCGAAUGGGGAGGUCACCUACGCAUUUAGCGGACACGCACCCCUCAAGGUGCGUGAACUGUUCAACGUGGACCCGUACACGGGUGAAGUCCGAGUGAAGGGCGUUGUGGACUAUGAGAAAGCCAGUGUAUAUGAGCUGUAUGUGCAGGCAAAAGACAGGGGACCUUCGGCUGUGGCGGUACACAGUAAAGUGCUGGUAGACAUCCUGGAUGUGAAUGACAAUGCGCCCGAAGUCAUCCUCACAUCAGUGUCCACUCCUGUACAGGAAGACGCGCCACCGGGCACGGUGAUAGCUGUUAUCAGUGUCAUGGACCGGGACUCGGGAGAGAACGGGAACGUUGACUGCCAAAUUCCGAGCAACGUCCCCUUUCAACUCCAUUCAUCUUUUAAAAACUACUAUACUCUGGUGACAAGCGAAUUUCUGGACAGGGAAGCAGUGUCCGAGUACAACAUCACCCUCACAGCCCGAGACUUGGGGUCUCCCUCGCUCUCCACAAGGAAAACCAUCCUCGUUCAAGUGUCUGACAUUAAUGACAACCCCCCGCGGUUCUCUCAACCUUCAUACACAGUUUAUGUGACCGAGAAUAAUGCCCCCGGCGCUUCCAUUUGCUCUGUAACAGCAUUCGACCCCGAUUCUAACCAGAACGCCUAUCUGUCCUAUUCUAUUCUCGAGGGUCAGAUUCAGGGCAUGCCCGUGUCCACUUAUGUCUCAAUCAACUCUGACAACGGCAAUAUCUACGCACUGCGCUCUUUCGAUUAUGAGCAACUUAGAAACUUUCAGAUUCUGGUUCAGGCGCAAGAUGCUGGUUUCCCCCCUCUCGCCAGUAAUGUCACAGUCAACGUCUUUGUCUUGGACCAGAACGACAAUGCACCUGUCAUUGUAUCCCCGCUGCCCAAAAACGGCACCGUGGCCACAGAGGUGGUUCCGCGGUCUGUAGAUGCUGGGUAUCUGGUUACCAAAAUAACAGCGUUAGACGCGGACGCAGGGCAAAACUCCCGGCUGUCCUAUCAGGUGUUGCAGGCUACAGACCCGGGGCUGUUCAGUGUGGCUCUGUACACGGGCGAAAUCAGGACUAUCCGCCGACUAGUGGAAAAGGACGCAACAAGGCAAAGACUGGUAAUAUUAGUCAAGGACAACGGGCAGCCGCCGCUCUCCGCCACCGUCUCCAUUGUCCUCACAGUGGUAGACAGCGUGCCGGAGUCGCUGUCAGAUUUCGGAGACCUCACACUCAGCCCACAGCCCCCCUCAAACCUCGCUCUCUACUUGAUCGUGUCACUGAGCACAAUAUCUUUAAUAUUCCUGGUGGCAAUUAUCGUGUUGGCUGCGGUCAAGUGCUACAAGGACAGGGAGACCCUGAGCGGGUACAACCUCCCCCCCUUCGCCUGCUGCUGUUGCGGAGGGUUUCAGCCCGAGCCGCCCCCGGAGGUGUUCAAAAAAUCCAACCUCAACCUGCAGAUUUCAUCCGCGGCCAAAGUGCCCACGAACUGCAUGGAGGUGAAUGGAAACAGCAGUCUCUCACAGUCAUACUGCUAUAAAGUGUGCCUGACUCCCGAAUCUGCCAAAAGUGACUUUAUGUUUCUGAAGCCGUGCAGCCCCGGCAGCACACCGAGGAACAACGAGACGAAGAGCGCAGAAAACUCGUGGAACGCGCAAAGCCGGAGCGCAUCUGUGAACAACGGAGCAACUACUCCCAAUGAGCUGAAGCAGCCAAACACAGACUGGACUCUCACAAAGAAUCAGAAUUCCUCCAUUAAAAGUUAUAACUCUAUCAACAUGGAUGGCACCCUCAUGCGUAAGGCCAUGCAUGCAGACCCAGAAAACUACGUCACUUCCAUGGCACCUGGACAGUACUGGACCUGGGGUACUCACAUGAGAGGCAUGAAAGACUAUAAGAUGUCUCCUUCGACCAGUGGGGUCCCCUCUCGCCCCUGGACUCCUCGUUGCACACCACCUCCCCAACAGCAGCAGCCAAUCCCCUCCCACCCCCACCCUCACCCUCACCCUCACCCUCACCCACCACCUGACUACCACCACAAUGUGUACAUCCCGGGGACACCAUCAGGCUUUUGCACCCUGAGGCCCGCAGUGCAGCGAAGUGAGCUGGACGUCCAUAAUUCCUUCUCCACCUUUGGCAAGAAGCGACGUCUUCAGAUGUCCCCCCAGGGAGAGGCUGCGAUUAUAAAUAAUGACCUGUACAAUGACUGACUUAUCAAUGUCUGAGUGGAUGAUUAAAAUGAUGGAUACUCUCAUAUGAAAAAGAGGAAGAGACCAUUCAGUACAUACAUUAAUGAACAUAUGAUUUACAAGUGGUAUGAAAAAUACAGAGGGUGCAACAAUUCACUCAGUGAAAUAAUGAAUGAACAAUCCAUUUUGGCUAAAAUGCUGAAGGAAAUUUAAGUCUGAUGGCUAUUUAUGUGACAUGCCACAGUAACAUGGCCAAUGUAUGCGUCUGCCUAUUGUUAUUAUUAUGAUUAUGAUUAUUAUUAUUAUUUAGACAAUCAAACUGGAGCAGCAAUUACAUCCAUAAUGUUUUGAAAAAGCAUUAGUGGACAAUAAUUUUGCACAUCCUUAUGAAUUUAUAUUUUUGGUUUUAUGAAAAGUGUUUUCCUUUUGUAUGUUUGUUUGCUAACAGAGCUUGUGUGAAUAUGACCAAUAGUAUGAUAAUGUAUAUGCAAGCUGCGACAUGAUGCAGACAACUGUAAAGACGGGGGAUUUUCCCCACACAUGUACUGUAUACAUUUAUGAAAAUAAAGUAUUUUUUUCA